AGAGAUUACGGCUCAAUUCCCUUAGGACAGUCAGUGUCACCAGUCGCAGGAUAAUGAGUGUUAAGUCGCCCUUGCCACUCCUGAAUGUGCGGUUCUGUAUUAUCAGUAUUAUAAGGACUGUGACUGAGACACGGAUGUAUUAUUGCUGGCUCUGUAUGGAGGACGAGUAGGGGCACCAGAGGCCUAGGACUGUGGAAGUGACACAUGUGAAGAAAUGGAGUUUCAGAGGACACCCCCUCCACAGCGCACCGGAAGACACAUUUCCUACAAAAAUUCAUCAUGCAAGCAGACUGUGCAUCAUCCUAUAACUGUCCGUAAACCAGCACAGCUCCCGGGCCUGCCAUGUGGAGACAAGAACCUAUAUGUAACUGGAAUCUCUAUCACUAAACUGGGCAAGCCUGCCAUAGCAGAUGGUGGCAGGAAUAGACGUCUUACAGUACAAUAUGCCCAUAGCAGUCAUGUGACUUCAGCGCAAACCUCUGGUUGGAAGCUAAAAUACAUUCCAGUACAAAACAUCCCUGUUAUUCACACUUACAGCAGGCCAUUAAAAGUAAACCUUAAUGGUCAUACACUCAACAGCUCCAACCCACAGGCCAAAGAGUUUGUCCAGUGCUGUGGAAAAAGGUUGCCACCAGCCAUGUCCCAGUCUUUGUGCAAUUAUCGAUUUGCAUCUUACACUAUUUUGUCCAAGAACCCCCCACAGUUAGAAGGUUCCUUCAAUAGGACUGAUGGACACAGCAUUACUGGUGCCUGCAACUUUAAUUGUGUGCAAAGAAAGGGGAUUUCAUCUGGUUAUAAACAACCUUCUAAUCGUUUAAAAAACAAUAUAAAGCCUCUUUUUGCAGAUGCAGCCACACAGACCAGCAAAGCACAAAUACUCCACACACAGGAAAAAGAGGAUUCAAAUUUGACAAUGGAAAAGUCAGAUGGCUUGGAUCUAAGAGAAGUUUCUACAAAUCUUCAGCCUCAAAACAAACAACUGGGAAGGAAGCAUCCAAAUAGCCCAAAUCUCAGUAGGAACCUUCUUCUGCCAGAUCCCCAAUCAGAUCCAGAAUUAUCCAAUUUCCUAAAAUCCUUAGAGAGAGAAAAACACUUUUUCAGGUCUCUUAGCCCCCCUCCAAUUGUCGUAAUGUCCCCUGAGCCAUGGACAAGCCAAACACCCCCAGAUCAGACCCAACUAUCAAUCACUGUCCCUACCCUACCAAGGCCAAAUGUGUCACAUCAAUAACCAAGGCUAUUACCAGAA